GUUCUGAAUGAUCUAGGUCAUUAAACGCUAACCACGAGCGUCUACGGUUUCCCGGCAAAAUGUCAACAAAGCUGAAACUUCCACCUUCUGGCUCGUUAAAUGAGUCUGAUCUGCAUUUUAUUCCUGUUAAAAUUGAAUAUGACGGCCAAGCGAAGGUGAAAUCCUAUUUCACAACAUCAAUCCGUGAAACAGAUGAGCAAAAUUUAUCUGCUAGCCUUAGAGGUAGGCCACUCAAUGGAUCCAAGUUUGACGUACCUUCUGGCUAUUCAGGCCUGCUGAUGACAGAAACACACAAGCCACUCAUCGAGGGUGAUGAUCGAGAAAUAACAGCCUCAAGGAGCUUUAAGGGAUUUCGUUACUGGAAUCUUGACCAGGUUCCUGGCCAGGGUGACCCGCUCUUGCAGGCACUAACAUGGAUUGAUAUUGCAAAGGCACUGCACGGUCCAGUUGAUGAGGAUAUCAGCGAUAGUCAAGGCAGCCUGAAGUCUGAGAUCUCCAUGUGACACUAAAUUGAAGACAGCUUAAAGUCAGAUGUCAUAAACAUACACUGUAGUCAAUGCAGCCUGAAGUCUGCAUGUGGCACUAGAGUUUCAAAUGUCACAAUGUGUUCAUUGGUUAUUAUAUUUAUGUGAUGGUGUUCAGCAAUGUGAUGGUCAUGGUUCAGCAAUGUGAUGGUCAUGGUUCAGUUAUGUAAUGGUGUUCAGCAAUGUGAUGGUCACGGUUCAGUUAUGUAAUGGUGCGCAACAUUUAAACAUGUUGUUAAUAGUAUUUUACCAUUUAUUUGUAUAAAGUGAUGUUUAAGGGAAGAACAUAAUACCACUUGUUAUGCCUCCUGGGGGUAUAUUGCUUUGCACGUGUCGGUUGGUUGGUUCAUCAAUCAGUCAGACCAAAUCUUGUCUGUUCGAUAACUAGAGAAUGCUUCAGUCUAAGGUCCUAACUUGGUAGGGAAAUUCAACAUGAUCAGAAGAUUACUUUUAAAUUGAUAUAGAAUAUGCUCAAACCUUGGUAGGGAAUUUGGUUGCGACAUACUAUUAUUAUUGUUAUAAUUUACUUAAAAUAGGUCUCAUAAUAUACAAAUAACCUUGCAAUACUAUUUUAGUUAAUAAGAUUUUACAGACAUGAGUUUAAGUUCUAAGUAUUCAAAUACUUAACUUUAUCAAACUGCAUUAUCCUGCGUUUGCCUGUUCUGAUUGUAAUCUAUCAGUUCCUGAUAGCUACAAGUAUAUUCAUUGACAUUUUUUUUUUUUUUGGAACAAUAUAGUCAGUAAUGAUUACAGCAUAUCUUGUCAUUAAAUGGUUGUCAUACAUCCCUAUUGUAGUCAAACUGGUGAUGUUACUAAGGUGCAAAGCCAGGUGGGGCAAAUAUAAGCAUUACUUUUAUGUGGUAUUUAAAUAAUGCCAAAACAGAAAUAUAUAAACCUGAACACUACAUGCAUUUUCAAAAAAUACUAUUCCCCCUAGAGUUGGCAUCAAACCUUGGUUGGGGUUUUGCAUGUAUUACAGCACAUUUUGGUCAAUCUCUCAGCAAAUACAUCAUGUAUUUCAUUGAAACUUUAGGCAAGUGUUCCCAACCAUCAAACCAAUUUAACAAAUUGAGUAAGUUAUAGAUCACUACAUUGCAUAUAAUGCAAAUUAUGGUUCUUUAUUAUUCGACUUGGACAUUCUGAUAAAGAUUUUUUAUGUAAGAUCACAUAAGUCAAUAUCCAACUUCCUAAGAUGUUAACCUACUUACCUCAUCAAGUGAGAUAACUCUGUGUUGCAUAUCAAUCAAAAUAUGACCCUCGAUUAUUCGACUUAGAAAUUCUGGUUACGUAUAUGCCAUUAUCUAAGCAACUACUUGAUGUAUUGCAAUAAAACUAUAUAGAAUGGCUUUCAACCAUCUAACCUUCAGAGCUUCUGAACUAAUCAUGUCAGGUAAUUAUCUUACAUGAAAAUUAUGGCUCUGUAUAUUUCAAAUUGGAAAUUCUGGUUAAAAGUGAUAACAUUUGUCUCUUUGAAUGCUCUUGUUUUAAUUCUCAAACAAUGUUCUGCCAUAUGUUAGGCAAUACACUUAUGAAAUUUUGUGACAUGUUUUUACCAAUAAAACCCAUCUCUAAUAAA